AUUUCGCUGUUGCACGUGAUUGGAAGCGCUUACUGCUGCUGCUGCAUCUUCUUCUUUGUUAAGAGUUGUCUCUAAAUCGGUUAAACAGUGACCGCGGUUCAUCCUCAUGUGCUGCAGUUAGCUGUGCUAGCAGCAGGGCAUGCUGUCAGACAGACUGAAACGUUAGAAAGCAAGCAGAAGGAGAUGUUCUGUUCCCGAUGGACUCGCGUUGGUGAUGCUUUAACCACAGAAACGGCUCUGAAUGGAGACUUUCCCACUCAGACAACAGGAGUUUGAUCAUUGAGUGGACAUCCGUGGUUCAGCUGAAGGGUGAUGGCAAAGCUGCAGGGCUUUGACUUCUGGAGGAAGACCCUGAAGGAAGCCCGUUUUGUGGUGGCACCGAUGGUAGACCAGAGCGAGCUGGCCUGGCGCCUGCUGAGCCGCCGACAUGGGGCCCAGCUCUGCUACACCCCCAUGCUGCACGCCCAGGUGUUUGUCCGUGACACCAACUACAGGAGGGAGAACCUGCUCAGUGAAGUGUGUGAGGAGGACAGACCUCUGAUCACACAGUUUUGUGCCAAUGAUCCAGAAGUGUUUGUCCAGGCGGCUCUGCUGGCUCAGGACUACUGCGACGCCAUCGACCUGAACCUGGGCUGUCCACAGAUGAUCGCUAAGAGAGGACACUAUGGAGUCUUCCUGCAGGAUGAAUGGGAGCUCUUAGAGAAGAUGGUCAGGUUAGCCAAUGAAAAGCUGUCGGUGCCGGUCACAUGUAAGAUCCGUGUGUUCGAGGACAUGGGAAAAACGGUCCGCUACGCCCAGAUGCUGGAGAAGGCUGGAUGCCAGCUGCUGACGGUUCACGGCAGGACCAAAGACCAGAAGGGAUCCAUGACGGGCGUCGCCAGCUGGGAGCACAUCAAGGCCGUACGGAAGGCUGUAAACAUCCCAGUGUUUGCCAACGGGAACAUCCAGCACCUGAGUGACGUGGAACGCUGCAUCCAGGAAACUGGCGUUCAGGGCGUCAUGAGUGCAGAGGGGAACCUGCACAACCCAGCACUGUUUGAGGGCCGCAGCCCCCCCGUGUGGGAGAUGGCUGAGGAGUAUCUGGAGGUGGUGAGGCGGCACCCACCCUGCUCUCUGUCCUACGUACGAGCUCAUCUCUUCAAGCUCUGGCAUCACACGCUGCAGAUCCACCAGGACCUGAGGGAGGAGCUGGCUAAGGUGAAGACCUUGGAGGCCUUGGCUGACGUCAGCAGACAGCUGAAGCAGCGCUGCCAGGAGGAGAUGGCUAAAGAAAAGGGUGUAGAAGACAGAGAUGGUGACCUCCCUUUCCCUCACUGGAUCUGCCAGCCAUACAUCAGACCAGUACCAAAACCACCGGUUACCAACGGUACCGGCCCAGCCAUGGAGGCAAAGAGGCCUGUGUGCCAGAAGAGGGCGCUGGAGGACUUGGAUGGAGCAGCUGAGACCCUCUCCAAAAAUAAGCAGAAGAAACGAUCCCGCAACCCCCACAAAAACUUCUGUCCUGAUCAGAAACCCAAAUACCUCAAAUGUGAACAGUGUGGAAACCCAAAGGGAAAUAAAUGUGUCUUCAACCUGUGUCGAGGCUGCUGUAAGAAGAAGGCUUUUAAAGAAGUGGCAGACUGUCCAAGUCACGGGCUGAGGUUCAAGACCAAGGCUGAGAAACGGAAAGCUGAGGAAGAGGAGCAGACAGAGAGGAAGCAGCCAGAGAAAAGCAGUAGCCUUCAGGACUCAGAUCCAAAGACAGAUGUGCAGCAUCAGGCUUACACUGAGCUUGGGCCUUCACCCUGAGCUCGGGCCCCCACUCUGACAUCGUUCAUGUGGUCCAGCCAUGAUGGCCGGAUGGGAAGUGUCUGCAGAGCUCCUGGUGAGCCUCCUGUGGUUUACUGUAUGUCGCUGGUGAGGACGGGAGAUCUGAUGCAUCAUGGUACCAGAACUCCAGAGAUAAGGGUCAGGACUUGUUCCAAACUCAGCUGCUUUAACCUCAGUGUGUCCACACAGAGAUUGAUGGACUUUAAUAAACAGACCAAACAUC